AUGUUGUCCAAGAAGGUAACCUUCGACUCCCAUGGACAGGACUCAUCCUACUUCUUGGGAUGGCAAGAGUACGAGAAGAACCCUUAUCACCCUACUCAAAAUCCUACUGGGAUUAUCCAGAUGGGUCUUGCUGAGAAUCAGCUUUGCUUUGACCUCCUGGAAUCAUGGCUAUCGACCAACCCUGACGUGCUGGGCUUGCAGAAUAGAGGAGAAUCAGUGUUCAGAGAAUUAGCUCUCUUUCAAGAUUACCAUGGCUUGCCUGCUUUUAAGAAUGUGCUUGUUGAUUUCAUGUCAAAAAUAAGGGGAAAUAAAGUAACAUUCGAUCCAAACAAGCUGGUUCUCACUGCUGGUUCAACUUCAGCUAAUGAGACUCUUAUGUUUUGCCUCGCUGAUCCUGGCGACGCUUUUCUUCUUCCUGCUCCAUAUUACCCAGGAUUUGACAGAGACCUUAAAUGGAGAACCGGAGUUGAAAUUGUACCAAUUCAUUGCUCGAGCUAUAAUGGCUUUAGAAUAACCAUGUCUGCAUUAGACGAAGCGUAUAACCGAGCUCAGAAGAUGAACCUCAAGGUCAAAGGAGUACUCAUCACCAACCCCUCAAACCCACUAGGCACCACCGUGACCCGCGAUGAACUCAAUCUCCUACUCACUUUCGCCAUUGACAAAAAGGUUCAUAUAAUAAGUGACGAGAUCUACUCAGGAACUGUGUUUGGCUCGCCCGAGUUCACAAGUAUUGUGGAAGCCGCCAUGGAUAAGAACCUUCAAGAAACUGAUGCAUGGAACAGGAUUCACGUCGUUUACAGCCUGUCAAAAGACUUAGGCUUGCCGGGAUUCCGAGUCGGCAUGAUUUACUCCAACGAUGGAACAGUGGUUUCCGCUGCCACGAAGAUGUCAAGCUUCGGACUCGUUUCUUCACAAACUCAGUACUUACUGGCAAACAUGCUCGCAGACGAGAAGUUCGCCGGAAAAUAUAUAGAAGAAAAUCAGAGAAGGUUGAAGAAGAGAAGGGAGAUGCUUGUUUCCGGGCUGAAAAGAGCGGGAAUCGAGUGUUUGGACAGCAAUGCAGGACUAUUUUGCUGGGUAGACAUGAGACAUCUCCUUCAUUCCAACACUUUCGAAGCCGAGCUCGAGCUAUGGCGGAAGAUUGUAUGUGAAGUCAGACUGAAUAUCUCGCCUGGUUCGUCUUGCCAUUGUACGGAACCAGGUUGGUUCAGAGUCUGCUUCGCUAACAUGUCCCAAGAAACUCUUCACGUAGCCAUGCAGCGGAUUUACAAAGCUUUUGCAGAGUCCGCCAUUGUUGGGUCUAAAGCAACCUCUGGAAGAUGCUCGACACAGCAGAUUUACUGGAAUUCGAGGAGGAGAUCACUUAUUACCAAAUGGGUUAAUAAGUUGUCGUCGUGUGAUGGUCAAGCAGAACGUUAA